CCAUUAUUCUCCAAUCCAACGAGUAGAGAUUCAAUCUCUAAGCAUUUUCUCUGCAACUCUAUCUCUGUUUUCGUCUGUAAAAAGACCCCAAAAAACCGACAACUUUGAACUUCCUUCCAAGCAUUCUUCACGGGCAGAAGAGAAGAGCUCUUUCUUCUUCUUCUUCUUCUUCUUCUUUCCAUUAGAAUUUGUUGGAUGCGUAAGGGAAUUCAGUUGGAGUAGAAGGGAAAUUGAAGAAAAUUUCUCCUUAAUUUUUUUAUUUUUUAAAUAUUCAGUUAAAUUUUCCGUUGGAGAGGAUUUUGGAUGAAACCAAUUGUUAUUUGCUUAGGAUUUUCACCAUUGUUGGUAUUUCAAAGUUUUUCCUGCAAGAAUUUGAUUAGUUUUGAGGUUCGUCGUCGUUAAAGCUGGAAAUUUUCGUUUUUAGGGCAUCCUUGAUAUUGUUCUGGUUAGGAUUUUCUCUUUGCUGGUUUUGUAAAUUCACAGAGAGCAUUGAAGCGAUGAAGGUCCAUCCAGCUCCAAGGAAACGGAACAUUACGCUCAGGUACGACAUCAAUUCAAGUCUCUCCGAGGCUAAUAGGCUCAUGGGAAGGCAGAAGAAGCUCCGUCGUCUCCCUCACAUAUUCAACAGAGUCUUGGAGUUGCCAUUCCAUUCCGACGCCGACAUCUUGGUAGAAGAGAAUUCUGAUUGUUUCCGCUUCAUCGCCAUAACUGACGAUGUGGGUGAUGAUGUGACAACUCACACCUUUGAAAUUCAUCCUGGAGUUACAAAGAUUGUGAUCAGAGGGAGUAAUCUUCUCGAAUUGUAUAUGGACGAGCUCGAGAUCGAUCUGUGGAGGUUCAGACUUCCACCAUCGACAAGGCCAGAACUUGCUAACGCUGUUUAUGUUGAUGGGGAACUAAUCAUAACCGUCCCCAAGGAUGUCAGCAGCCACGAAUCCGGUGAAGAAGAAGAAGAAGAAGAAGAAGAAGAAGAAGGAGGUUGGGGUGAGGGAAAUGGGGAUCUCAUGGGUGCAGUGGGUCGUCUUGUUCUUGUACAGUAAUUUCUCUCUACCAUUCCUCUGUCUUCAAACAACAACAAUUCUGUUUAAGCUCUGUCAAUGGAACUAUUUUUAUAUAUGCUUCUUGUCUGAAUUAAGAAAUUCUCUUUUCUUGAA